AUGCCACCACCGCCUCCACCACCACCACCACCUCCGCCACCGCCACCGCCCCCCUCAGCACCUGCGGCAACAGGUGGCGCUGAUCGAUCAGGCCUUCUAAAUGACAUUGGAAGUUUCAAUAAGGGUGGUCUGAAAAAAGCCACGACUAAUGAUCGAAGUGGUCCGAUUGUUGGCAAUUCCACCAAUAAUAACAACACGGCCAAUAGAGCCAAUUCUUCAACUUCUGUAUCAAGUUCAACUGCAAAUCGAUCAAAUGCGAAUGAUAGACCCAGUACUGCUCCUGUAGCCGGUCCAUUCAGUAUCACAGCAGAUUUACUUAAUAGACCUCUAAAAUCAACCGGUGCCAGCAGUGGAUCGACAGUCAGAGCUUUAAAAAUUGAAAAACCACCGAUUCCACAUUUUGUUUCUCCUGUCAUUCCACAAUCAUCGCCGACAAUAAAACCAACACCUGUCAAAUCAUUUCAAACAACAACUCCUCCUUCUCCUCCUCCUUCUUCUCCUCCUCCUCCUCCCCCCCCUCCUCCACCCCCCCCAACACCACCACCGUCACAGCAAAUACAACAACCAGUUGUUCAACCGUCUCAAUUACCAAUAUUAUCAUCUGAUGUAUCUCGACCUGGAAUUGAUGGAGGAGCUUCACCAAGACAUUUCGUUCAUCAUUCUCCACCAGUUCCAGCAACUCAAACACCACCAAAACUUCCUCCCCGACAGCCUCCUCCACCGCCACCAUCACAACCGUCAUCAUCGAAGUCAAUAUUAUCUAGUGAAAACAAACUGAAAACCGGACAAGAGUCGCAAAAUUUUUCAUCUUCAACAGGUCUUCAACCAAAUGUCUCACGUGUACUACUACCACCGCCUCCUCCUCCUCCUUCAAAUUCAUCUUCUGCUUCAAAUAACAAUGGCCAUACAGCAACUGUAACACUUAAUCCAGACCAUGUUGCGAAAUUUAACAUGAUCUUUAAUCAAAAUGGUCCAUCUUCUUCCAAUCCUUCUCCACCACCACCACCUCCACCUAGAGGUAUGGUGUCAAAUAAUUCUGGAGGUACAAUACGUCGACCACCACCACCAGUAUCCGACUUUGUUGAUAAUACACCUGCUGAUCGUCGUUAUGAUCAAUGGAAUACAGCAGCACUUGAUUAUGAUCGUGAUUUUGAAAAUCGUUUUCGGUUUACUCCAAUUGAACAUCUCCCAGCGCCUGGACAAUGGAAACCAUCAUCAUCAAAUAAACCAUCGAAAAAUUCAAAUUUUAAUUAA